UCCCUGCCUGGUGGCGAGACUGGAGCGGGCAGCAUGAUGAAACCUCGCUCUGUGUUUCAGCAGCAGGAAGACACCGGGAGGAGGAGCCAGGUUUCACCGGCGCUGCUUGCAGGCCAGGAGGGGCGGGGAAGGCUGUCGCCUCCGUCUGUCUGUCUGGUUAGCAGCAUCCUGACCCUCCGGAGGGAGCAGGAGCCUCCCUAGCAGCAUCUGGCUGGGGGUUACUGGCGCUUGCCCGGCGCUGGAGGCGGAGCAGAGGUUCUUCAUUUUAAGUAGCUGUGACACAGCCUGCAAGAGAUUUCAAAAUGUGUGGUAUCUGGGCCCUUUUUGGAAGUGAUGAAUGCCUUUCUGUCCAGUGUCUAAGUGCCAUGAAAAUAGCUCACCGAGGUCCUGAUGCAUUUCGUUUUGAAAACGUCAAUGGCUUCACCAACUGUUGUUUUGGUUUCCAUCGUCUGGCGAUUGUUGAUCAAUUAUAUGGCAUGCAGCCUAUUCGGGUGAAGAAGUUUCCAUAUUUAUGGCUGUGUUACAAUGGAGAAAUCUACAAUUUCAGACAGCUGCAAAAGCAGUUUGGAUUUGAAUAUCAAACUUUAGUAGAUGGCGAGGUAAUCCUUCAUCUUUACAACAGAGGAGGAAUAGAACAAACAGCCUCCAUGCUAGAUGGUGUGUUUGCGUUCAUCCUAUUGGACACUGCAAACAGGAAAGUGUUUCUGGGAAGAGAUACAUAUGGAGUCAGACCAUUGUUUAAGGUGCUGACUGAAGAUGGAUUCUUGGGUGUCUGCUCUGAGGCAAAAGGUCUUGUCAACUUAAAGCACUCCAUGUCCACUUGUCCUAAAGUGGAGCCUUUUCUUCCGGGACAUUAUGAAGUUUUGGAUUUAAAACCAUCUGGCAAAGUUGUGUCAGUGGAACUGGUAAAAUUCCAUAGCUGUAAAGAUGAACCUCUGCAUGCUGCUUAUGAUACAGUGGAAAAUCUGCCUGCAGGUUUGGAUCUCGAAACGGUGAAAAACAACAUUCGGCUGCUGUUUGAAAAUGCUGUUAAAAAACGUUUAAUGAGUCACCGAAGAAUCGGCUCUCUUUUGUCAGGGGGCUUGGAUUCCAGUUUGGUUGCUGCGAUGCUCCUGAAACUGAUGAAAGAAGCAAGCAUCAAUUACCCUUUGCAAACCUUUGCCAUUGGAAUGGAAGACAGUCCUGAUUUAUUGGCUGCCAGAAAGGUUGCUGCUUAUAUUGGCAGUGAACAUCAUGAAGUAAUAUUUAAUUCUGAAGAAGGAAUUCAGGCAUUAGAAGAGGUUAUUUUUAGCUUGGAAACAUAUGAUAUUACAACAGUUAGAGCUUCAGUUGGUAUGUAUCUGGUUUCCAAACACAUACGCAAGAAAACAGACAGUGUGGUCAUUUUCUCAGGGGAAGGCUCGGAUGAGCUUACACAAGGCUAUAUCUAUUUCCAUAAGGCUCCAUCUCCUGAAGAAGCUAUGGAAGACAGUGAGCGGCUUCUGAGAGAACUCUACAUGUUUGAUGUACUUCGUGCAGACAGAACUACUGCAGCUCAUGGUCUUGAACUGAGAGUCCCAUUUUUGGAUCACAGGUUUACUUCUUAUUACCUAUCCCUGCCAGCAGAACUCAGAAUUCCAAAGGAUGGAAUUGAAAAACAUCUCUUGAGAGAAUCAUUUCAGGAUUCCAACUUGCUUCCCAAAGAAAUACUCUGGAGACCCAAAGAAGCGUUCAGUGAUGGUAUAACAUCUCUCAAGAAGUCUUGGUUUUCAAUUCUCCAAGAUCAUGUUGAUCUCCAGGUUGAUGACCUUCUGCUGGAAAAGGCAGCAGAGAAAUUUCCUUUUAAUCCUCCUAAGACUAAAGAAGGUUACUACUACCGCCAGAUCUUUGAGAAGCACUACCCUGGGCGAGCUGACUGGCUUUCCCAUUACUGGAUGCCAAGAUGGAUUGAAGCUACAGAUCCUUCUGCUCGUACCUUGAAACAUUACAAAUCAGCUACCAAAGAAUAAGCAUUCCAGUAAUUUUGAAACAGAAAUUACUUGUUACCAAAUUGCUCUAUCUGCGCUAAAGCUGGUCAUGCACCCAAUAGUCUAAAGAAUAUUCAAAAUGAAUUUGGACAGUGGUAUUUAAGAUGGAAAAAGCACUUUUUAGCCAGUAUAAUAGUGUGAAAUUCACCCCACUGCAGAGGGCUUGCACAAGGACCUCUGCCUCACUUAAACUACAACUCUGGUCUGAAAAACUGUUCUGUGAAAAGGGCACCGUCUUGCUUAGCAGCUCUGCCCCUUGUUCAUACUCAAUCAGACUGGCUGACUUCAGUUACAAACAUACAUGUAUUUUUAACAUAAAGCCUCCUUGGAAGACUUGAAUGGCUCAUAUGAUAUGUGUUCACCCGAAUUUCACCUUAGGGGUAUAAAAUUAGCGUUUAUGGACUGGACAUUGUGUCUAGGCUCUUGUGUUUAA